AUGAGAAUUGCAAGGAGUCCAACAGAAGAAAAAGAUGAGAAGACAAUCAUUGCCACAAGCCAUAAACCAUCAGAAGAUGAAUCCAGAGGAGAGGAACUCACAUCUCCUGUCAUCACCCGGCGGAGACGCUUCUUCAUUUUGGGAACAAUCUUACGUCCUUGGAGAUGGAGAUCAAAAAAGGAGAAGAAAUCUUCCUCUACUGAAGGAACCUUCAAGAAGAGUGCCUCUAUCUCUGGCAAUCCAAGCAGGAAAGGGAAAGCUCCUCGCCAGUUUGCAUCUCUUGACUUGGAAGGGGGUGGGAAAGGUAACACAGAAGCAGAUGGACAUCAAGAAGGGCAGGAGCAGGGUGCCAAAAGUACCAAUCCCCCUGAUCUGUUGCUCAGGGUGCCUUCACCUUGCAAUGCCCAUUCCAUACCAAGCAAAUUACCUCCUGCCCCAGUCUCAGAACAUUCUCAUCAGUCAGAGAGAGAGUUGAUGAAUCAGCCUUGUAGGGGCAAUGACAUGCAAUCAACAGUCAACUCUCAUCCUUUUCCCCCCCCUCGACCAAAAUUGCUUCAGGUUCUGCCUGUUGGGGUUCUUUCUCAUCCUGCCAGGAGACCAACAUAUCAUGAUGAUCUUCCAACCAAACCCUACAAAGAUGAGGUUCCAGUCCGUGAUCCCUCUCCACUGCCCCCUAGUAAUCUUACCAAUUCAAUCUUCCAACUGCCUGAACCACCAAUUCCUGUGUCAGAAAUUGGACCCAUUCCUCCUCCUCCCAUGUUUUCCUCUGAAUACUCUACCCCACCACCACCACCGUACUCUCAGAUUCACCAUGACAGAUACCAGUAUUCCAUGAGAAUGGCAGAUGACAGGGGUAUAAAUGAAGAUCAUGAGGGACACCAUGAAUGGGAAGAAGAGGAAGAGGAAGAACUUUAUGAAGACUAUUUUGAAGAGGGCCAUGUGGAAGAAGUGCCUGCAAAGGAGCCACGGUUUGAUGUCCAGCCCUUAAAGUCUGCCAUGAAGAAGAAGAAGCAGCCUCAAGUGCCUGAUGUGAUCCGAGAAUCUCCUGCUCAUACCCCUUCACCCUCCCCAAUCAGUGUACCCCUGAAGUUUAGUGCUGCAUGCCUGGGGGGGAGGCAAAUGAAGUCACCACCUCCACCCAUUUCACUCCCUUGUCAUGAUGAUCCUGAAGAUGUUGAUCAUGAUGACUAUGGAAUGGCUACUCGUGCUCAGUGUCGUGACACCCUGGCUGUGAAGUUAGCUCUCCGUCCUGACCGUCAAGAACUCAUAGAAAGGAACAUCCUUCAUCGACAGUCAGAAGAGGAGCGGAAAGAGUUUAGGGAUGCUGUCGGUGUUCAAUUGACAAGGCGGCUCAGUUUGAGACCAACAGUAGAAGAUCUUGAGAAUAGGAAUAUCCUAAAGACCUGUCUACCAGAAGAAGAGUUGAUGCAAAAGGAACAAAGGAAGAUUACCUUGUUGAGGAAGCUCAGCUUCCGUCCUACUAUUGAUGAACUGAAGCAAAGGAAAAUCAUCCGGUUCAAUGAUUACAUAGAAGUGACUCCAGCACAUUCAUAUGAUCGGAGGGCUGAUAAGCCCUGGACCAGGCUCACACCAAGAGAGAAAGCAGCCAUCAGGAGAGAACUUAAUGAAUACAAGAGUGGAGAGAUGGAAGUCCAUGAAGAAAGUCGUUCCAUCGACCCUGAUGUGUUGAGUGGGUGAGAAUACCUGGGACCAAAGUGCUGUUUUCUCCUAUCCUAAUCUCUCGUCCGUGCAGCUGUGAUGAUCCAGACUUGAGGAUUCCCUGAAGGCCAGUCCACAUUCAUUCAGGCUUCAUGCUUCAUCUAGUCAUGACGAGCACUGUACUCUGUGAACACUAGACUAUUAUGUUCGGGACCACCAGAAUUCUCUGGCUGCAGUGGAUGCAUGGUGGCUUUGUGCCCUGUUUGCCAGCUCCUGAGCAAAAACUUAUGUACCCCUCCCCAUUGCAGGGUUUCUACAAAGUUUUAACAGGUUUCAUUUUUUUAUUUUGAUUCUUGUUGAAGCUGUUUGUUCAUGCUCUGUGAAACUGACUGUUUCUGCAAUAGCAUGGAUUGUGGGCACUGCUAUGACAGCAGUAGAAGAAAGGAAGGUUCAUGAUUUUUAUGGUUUUGCAUUAACAUUUCCAUUUGGCAGGGAAUGACAUCUGUUCAUCAAUGGUUAUAAGCUGUCAUGCUCCUCUAAAGCUCCUCUUGCUCUGUGAUCCAACUCUUUUGCCUGAACUACAUGCCAAAGAUAAUCAUUCCUUAGAUUUGAAUUUGGCCUGCUUGCCACUCACGGUUUGCACACAGGCUGACUGUACAUUGGGAGUUCCUGUGCAAUAGAGCAGUUGACUUCCUCAUAGUAGCAUCAGGAAGAGGUGGUAGUGAAUUCCAUGAUUGAAUCUCUCAAUUUUAUGAAAUAUGAAGAAAAUGAUGUUACUAGCACAGUUGGAAUGUGAAAGUUUUUUUCUUCAUUGCAGGUAUAUACUAAUGUAGUAUGAUAGCUUUUUGGAGAGGAGACAGUUCUCAAAUAUUCAGUAUACAUCUUAAGGCAUUAGAGAAUCAGAGAUACUUGUCCCUAAAAGCUUUAUGAUACAUAUUGUGUGAGGAUAUGACAGUGCCAGCGGCUUUAUGUUGUUCCUCAGUGAGGUUGAUGUUCCCUCUUCAGGAAUUAUUUUUCGAUGUCAAUAGUUUUGCUCAUGCAGAAUCUCAAUUUUUUGGUAAAGCCAUGUUUCAUUUGUUAAUGCCUCAUGUGUGGUGGCCUUUUUUUUAAAGGGGAAAUACCACUUUUCUGCAGAGUUGUUUCAAGCAAUGUUUGUGCAGCAGCAGAUUUUUGAGACAUUAUUCAGUGCCAAGAAUUUCAGAGGUAUUUAUGUCAGUCUUCACGUCACUCACAGAUAUUUAGUCAGUCAGCCUUAAAAAUGGGAAUUUUUUUGCUCCCAUGGCUGUAUUCCUCAUGCUCACUUUCAUGUAUUCUCUUUUCAAUUGCAACUGUGAUGUCUGAACAAAGCCCUUCAUUGCUGUCUCCCCUGUAUGAGGUCUGCCCGUGCCAUCCCAUAGGACAAUCAGAUUUUGUGCUGGCUCUUUGUUGUUAUUCAGGCCUUUCGAAUGGAUCUCACUGUAUCAAAGUGCAACUGAUGAAUUCUACAAUUCAGUAGCUGAAGUUGUGUUGUAGUUACAAUGCUUUUCCCAAUCCAUUUCAUCCUGAAAUCCUGGUAGUUGCAUUGCAUGCCAAUUGAUUUUCCUCAAGGUACUUUUCUCCCUUUCCUGUGGCACCUCAGACCUCCCUGCUCAUAUCCAGAACAUUGUGUCUCCUGUCCUUUUAUAGUCUUUCUUGUUUCUUUUUGUAAGGUCAUGUAUUCCUUUUGAAUAAUUGAACUUGUGUACAUCCCAACAAAGGACAGUUCAUGACAGAGUUCAAUUCCCCACUUGUGAUGUUUUCAUGCUCAACAGAGCAAACAAGGGCAUUCUCAACCUGUGUGUUAUUUCUGUGUAAUAACUGGUGUGAGCAAAUGAAGGUGAAAUGUAACUCUGUCAGGGGCUGUACUUGUACUCAUCCCAUGCAGGCAAUAUGGAAGGAAGGCUGUCAUUAAAGCUAUGAUAUCUUUUGUUGGAAAAGCUUUCCCAAUGUCACUGCUGUUCAGAAAGGCAGAAUGUUGGAUGCUUGCAUCGCCUAUCCUUCUCACCUGGUUAAGGGUGACACUGUGAUCUCUUGUGUAUGAGAAGUGAUUGGAAGGUGUCUGUCAUAUAGUAGCGCAUUGGUUCUACUAGUCUUCACUCACAAUCGUACAUUUCAUGCCAUCCGCAAGGUAUAUUUUCUCGAAAGAGUGUAGUUCCAACAGUAAGAGACCUUGUUCGCUUAUGGGUGUGUG